AUGACCUGCUACUUACAGUAAGGACCCAAUAUGGCAGAAAUGGCAGGAUUCGCACCAUAACUGAAGCAACAUUUCCAUCGUAACAGUAACGGACUCGCACAUUAGGUCGAUUUCCGCGAACCGACCGCAGACAUGAGGGAAAGGCAAAAGAAGAAAAAGGGGAGGACAUGGGCAGAGGCGGCAAAAACGGUGCUUGAGAAGUACCCAAACACACCGAUGAGUCAUAAAGAGAUCCUGCAGGUGAUUCAGCGAGAACGACUCAAGGAAAUAAGUGGGACUUCCCCCCUGGCCUGCCUCAAUGCCAUGCUCCACACAAACUCCCGGGGUGAGGAGGGGAUUUUCUACAAAGUUCCUGGUCGAAUGGGAGUCUAUACACUGAAGAAGGACAUUGCGGAUGUGGUGAAGGAGCUAUCAGAGGAGGGUUCUGAAGACAACAGUGAUAGCUUGUCUGAUACACGGAACACAGAAAACAACACCAGUGGAAGCAGCAAAGAGGGAAAUAGAGGCAGGUGGAAGAGAAGAGGGCCAGCAAAUCUGCAGUCACAGCCGUCUUCCCCACAGUCUCGCUGCUCUUCUCCUUCAAUCUCCAGCAGCAAACUCAUCUCUUCCUCGCAGAAACACAGCAAAAAAGCACUUAAACAGGCUCUGAAACAGCAGCAGCAGAGGAAUCAGCGCCGUCAGUGCGGUAUCCCCACAGCCUCCAGCCCACGACUUCUACUCAAAACUGUUAAAAAAAUGGCUGAUUCAGCAUCCUCCAAAACUGGCUGGGAACUAAAACAGUCAGAGCGUUGUCCUGCCAGUCCCCAGAACUCCACCUCUAGCUCCUCCUCCUCUGUCAAAGCAGAAGUGUGUCACGCUGUUGGAUCUAGGAAGAUGUCUCAGCGUUCCAGUCGGCUCAACGCCCGUCAGUUGAGACGAACCAAGUGUGAGAUUGACGUAGAGACGCCUGAUUCCAUCCUGGUCAACACUAAUCUCCGGGCCUUAAUCAACAAACACACAUUUUCCAUGUUGCCCACAGAGUGUCAGCAGAAACUCCUGAAGCUACUGCCAGAGAUCGACCAGCAGUCAUGCAUGGACGGGCUCCUGAGAGUAACUAAUUCUGCUUUGAACAACGAGUUUUUCACAUCUGCAGCACAGUCUUGGAAAGAGAGGCUAGCCGAAGGUGAAUUCACCCCAGAGUUAAGACUAAGGAUGCGGCAAGAGAUUGAGAAAGAGAAGAAAGUGGAACAUUGGAAAGAGCAAUUCUUUGAAAAUUUCUAUGGAGAGCAGUCUGGGUUAAGCCUUGAGGAAUCCAGAGAGCUGACAAAGACUGAAAGCACUUCAUUGCCAGCUAAAGAUGCACCCUGGCCCGGAAAGACAGAAUCUAGCACAGAAGCACAGAAACCAGACCACACUGUUGAGGUCUCCCACAAGGAGUUGAGAUCCAGAGAAGUUAAAACCUCAAUGUCUAAAAGCCAUCCAAUACCAGACUCCUUCUGUGCCGAGCCGGGUACAGAAAGUCAUUCAGCUUCUGAUAAGGCGUCAAACAGAAAGACUGUGCCUGUGAUGCAGGAGGACUCUACACCUCCUGCAGAGAAAGUGGUUGAACCAUUACCGUUGAGUGUUGAUGACAAGGGGCAAGAGACCAAGACUAGUAGCCCAACAUCUCCUCAAGAACCUAGCUCUAAAGAAAAGGAUAGCAUAGAGAGUGAGUCUAUAAAGGUAGAGGGGGUUGUGUCACGGGCAUCUGAAGUUACCACUGAGUCACUGAAGCGGAAACUCUCCAGUGAGCAAGAUGUAGCAGAGAAGAAACCUCGGGUUGCAGAAGGGUCGCCCCUAACAACAACAGAUGGGUCACCCUCAACACCAGCUUCAGUAACUGCACAACAGAGAGUGCCACCUCUUAAAAUCCCUGUGUCACGAAUCCGGUCUGCCCCUGGAGCGCCAAGCCAAGUGUCUCCAAGGACUCCUCAUCCUUUGACACCACCCAGUAUCCGCCCAGGAUGCACCGGUGCACGCACUUUAGCUGACAUAAAAGCUAAAGCCAAGCUAGCUCGGGAACAGCGUGCUGCAGCGGCUGCGGCGGCAGGUGUAACAAGAAGAGGAUCCACUUCAGGACCUUGCUCAUCUGGAUGUGCCUCCACACCUUCCCCAGUCCAGUCUUUGUCAGAAGAGUUUUCACCAGCAAGCAGUAGAAGCCAAUCCGUAUCUCCAGGAAAAAUGAGCUCUGUCUCUCCUGUCCCUGAAAGCACAGGAGCACUCUCACAAUCAUCUCCUUCCUCAGGUGCUACUGGGCAGAUGGACCCUAGUUUUGUUCCAAGCUCUAGCGCAAACCAAUUUAUUUCAAAAGAAAACAGGUCCUUUCUGGCUUCCCAGAUCACUCCACAUGCAACAAAUCCUCAUCUGAAGGAGAAUUGUGUUCUCCUUUCUGUUGGUGGAAUGCAGAUAUCACCUACACAUAUACUGGCAUACAGUCAGAAAGCACAAGAGGCACCUUUGCCAGGGACCUCAGCGAUCAAAUCCAGUUCCUCAAUUCCUGCCAAUAAUCCGCUGGUUGCUCAACUCCUUCAAGGUAAAGAAGUUCCCCUGGAGAAGAUUCUUCCAAAAUCACCUGCCAAGAUAAGUGUGCAGUCGGCGACUGUUGUAGCAUACAAUAAAGGGAACCUGGCUGUUAGGACAUCAGGGAUGGGGAAGGAGAAACCUGUUGAUGCAGAGGAUGUUAGCAAAUCUAGACUGCUGCAUUAUUCUGGCAGACCUGGGACCAGUGUUGACAAGCUGGACAAGAAUACCCAGGAGCAGAUUCUCCAUGUCCUAAGGCACAGAAGUCAGCAGGGCCGAAUCUCUCAGCCAUCACAAUUCGAGCCCUGUCUGCUCGGCUAUCCAGAGAGCUCUAAUGACCGACCGAGGUUCAGACUAGGCUUCAUUGGACGAAAGAGGGUGUCCAAACCUGCCAUGACAGGACACUAUCUCCUGAACAUCUCCACAUAUGGCAGAGGGUCUGAGAGCAGCAAACGACCUCAUCUGGCCAACCUAAAGAAAGAAAAUGUGGAAGGAGAAGAGAAAGAUGGGGUAGAACUUAAAGAAGAUUGUCACUCUUCUUCAAAGGGGCAUGCCAACCAUCCUGGGAUUAAAGUCGAACAGCAAGGAUUUCACAUCACAAAACCAGAUGAUGCACCAGGAUAUCAACACUGCCCUCAAAUAAAGUUAGAGUCUCAGUCACUGAGUUGUUCGUCCAAUAAAGAACAAGGUGGCACUUCUACAAGAACCAAAGAAAUAUCUCCAAGAUUGAACCUUGACAUCAAUAAACAGGGUAUCUCAGGGCCUCAUCAUUCGGGUGACUGUAAGCCACAAGUAAUGUCCUUCCAGUCACAGAGGUCACAGGAUGGACAAGAAACCAUGACGGGUACUUUCUAUGGAGGCACUAUCAGCAUGUCCAUGCCUCGCUCAAUAAAUCAUAGCAUCACCGACUCCGGUGCCUCUCCUACAGUUACAUGCAGUAAUGAGAACACCAGCGAGGGGAUGAUGUCAUUUUCCGUGACUGUCACUGCCAUACCUGCAGGUCACCUUCUCGAUCAGGGUAAGGGCCAGACCUCACCUGAGCAAGCCUUCAUCGAAGCUUCUGGAAUGGAGGACGUCCAAUCGAAAUGCUACUGUCGGCUAAAGGCCAUGAUCAUGUGCAAGGGAUGUGGGGCCUUCUGUCAUGAUGACUGCAUUGGACCCUCCAAACUCUGUGUCUCCUGCUUGGUGGUACGAUGAUGAGGACAAAAGGUGAUUGUAAAGUUAAUCUAUCAAGCAAGUAAGUGCGAAGCUGUUCAAGUGAACAGUGAACUUCUCACUGUGUUCAUAUGGCUCUAAUGCUGUUGACCUCUGGCUUUCCAGACAUUCAGUAUGUACAUGUACAUAAUUUGUGCAAUGUAAAACUUCCUCUCAGUUCAUGUACUGAAAACUGAGCACCUUGUUCUAGAUGCAAGACCUCUUGAAUAGUGGCAAUAUAUAAACGCUGGUCAUGUUCUUUGUUUUGUCUUUCUUUCUUUCUUUCUUUCUUUCUUUCUUUCUUUCUUUCUUUCUUUCUUUCUGUCUUUCUGUCUUUCUUUCUGUCUUUCUUUCUUUCUUUCUUUCUUUCUUUCUUUCUUUCUUUCUGAAAUGAAAGCAAUGGUAUGCUACUAUUUUUGUAUACCUGAAUAUCAUGACCAUACCUUUCUUUUUCUUGCUUCCUUUUAAAUCAUCUAUUUUUUAAUACUGUGCAGCUUGUUGGAUCACUAAUAACAAUAAUAAUAAUAUGUACUUUAUUCAGCAAAGCAAUUUUUUUGUUGAAUAUUAUAAGCCUUAGUAACUCAAGAUCCAAACAGCUAAAGUACCAAUUAAUCUAGAGAAUUACUGUGAACAAAAAAAAAUUUUUUAUGAUUUUUAAUGACUUGCCUUAUGUCUAGGCUAAAAAGUGGUACUCUUCGAUGUGAGUAGCAUCAGUGGUAGAUAUAAAUACGAAGUUAUUUAUGGAGCAGAAGGGACUAAAUACCACAAUCUAGCACUAAUCUACAAUCCCUUCUUUGGUAUAUCAUGGAAUAUAAAGGACUGGAUUAUUUUGGUUAAUAAAAGUGGCAAUAAUUUGUACAUUUGUUAUAUUUAUUACAAGAAUGAUCUAAAUCAUCUAAAUUGAAGAGAGAAACAAAAUCCCUUAUAUCUAAUCUAUCGUCUUUUUAGGGCUGCACUUUUGUAUCAAAGAAGAAAACAGUAACUUGAACAGACUGCUCGCUGUGUAGUAUGUCGUGAGUAAGUCGAUUAUGAUGGGAGCUAAAGCACUUCUCAAUGAAAUAAUCUAACGUUCCCUCUCAGGAGCAAACCCAGGUCUUUGUCAUUUCACUAUUUGUCUAAACACUCACAUGUUGUUUACCAGUGAGGAAUGUGAACUGACAACCAAGUUCCAAGAUUGUAGAUAUUCUUUAAAACACAAUCAAGAAAUUCACAAAUUGUUGUUUUUUAAAAAAAAAAAAAAACUUAAUGUUGAUUGAAAUAAGCCAAUGUGUGAAAUUACUUGUUUUUUUUAAUGUAAAUAAAUAUGCGCUUUUUUGAGAUUUUA